AUGGUAUCGGAGCCAAAGACGGAGAUCAUGUGCAUGCUGCCGAAAGGGAUCGAGGAACGCCCGUUCACGGUCAGUGCCGCCGGCCAGACGUACAACAAGCAGACAGAUCGGUUUGUGUACCUCGGACGUACCAUCUCCGUGGACGGGAAGGCCGACCGGGAGAUCACGAGCCGCAGCUGCCGAGCGUGGAAGUGCUACCGCCGGAACAGUGCUUCGAUGUACGACAGGCGACGGGCCGACCGCCAGCUCAAGAUCCGGCUACUCCAGGCUGAAGUGGUGGAGACUCUCCUGUAUGGGUGCGCCUCGUGGAGCCUAACAGCGGAGCACUACACGAAGCUCAAUGGGACCCACCGCCAGUUCCUCACACGGUGCAUCGGCUGGAGCAAGCGGAAACGCUCAGACCGCCCCCUGUCCUAUGCCCAGGCCCUCAUGCAGGCAGGCUGCGAGGAGUUGGUUUUUCCAUCGAGGCCACCGUGCGCAAACGGAGACUGUGUUUCGCGGGCUUUGUUACGCGCAUGGAGGACAACCGCCUCCCCACGCGAAUGCUCUUAG